AUAACGUAGCAAGCUUUGCAAAGGACAAGACCAUUUAUGAGCACCUUGAAGGAUGUGACUCUGAGGAACAACAGGAGUUGCGUGGGAAAGAGAUCAAACGAAUGAUAAGCUAUUAUGAUAGUCUCUCUGAAGACUUAAUUAAAAGGGACUCUGUUAUCCGUAAACCAGAUUCCAGUGAGAGAUUCGGGUUCACACGAGAUGUUGAAGUCAUAGCAUCCAAUGAAACUGGAGAAGAGGAUAUGAAUA